UUUGUGAUACAUAUUCCAGCAUUGUUCUUUGUAUUUAUGAUUUGAGAUGAUUCUCGAAGGACUGGAUCCAAUUGUUCUAUCAAAGUUAAUAUCACAACAAGUUGAGCAAGUAACUUGUUUAGAAUGCUGUAAAUAUUACAUUGCCCCUGAGACAGCAACCUGUGGUCAUACAUUAUGCCAUGCCUGCUGGAGCGGCCGACACUCCUGCCCCACAUGUGCAGCACCAUUUAACAGAAAAGCACUCCGACUAAACCUGCCCUUAAAAAAUCUAACAGAACAUGUACAUGUUCUUGGAGAUACUUUUGAAAAGCUAUUCAAUCUUAAAAUAGAUGAAUUUGAAAUUGAUAUACCUGAAAAAAUGCAGGUUAGUGAUCCAACAAAAAAUGUUAAGGAUUGGCUAGCAAGUUCACAGAAUCACUUUUCGGCUCCUGUACUCAGUUCACAACAAUCUACACAAGAUGUUCUUCCUGCUAUAGAACUAUCAUCAAGUAAACUACAAAUUCAUUCAAAAACUAAGAAAACUCAAAGCCCAGUUAAGGUAGUGCUUACACCCAAACCCCAAGAAGAUUGGGAUAAAAUUGAAGUCUUACCUGAUACAGAAGAAUUUAAUCCUAAAAAUAAAGAGAACCUUGUUGAACCUGUAAACUUUGAACCUUUCGCUAUUGAUGACAAUGAAUACACCAAUGACAACCCACGAAGGAGUUUCAGGAAGCGGGAAAUCAAUCCUGAUGGUAUUCCUCGUAAAAGAAACAUUUCCUGUGACAAAGUCUCUAAAAAUUCAAGUACAGACACAGAAAAACAGUUGCUCAAAACAAAACAGAAUUGGAAUAGUGUUAAAAAAAUGAGAAAGGAAUUUGGUAAGUUAAACAAGAAAAAUAAGAGUAAAUUGAAUGUCUCUAUUGAAAUGUGUAAAAAAGCUCAAAGUAAAUCUAAACGGCAGCCCCCAACACCUCCUGAGACAUCAAAACAACCCAUUUAUAACAUAAAUGAUGGCACUCCAGAUAUACCAAAAGAGAUUACUCCCACAAACACUAUAACUGCAAGUUUUAAAGGAAAUGUAAAUACUGAUUUUGAUGCUUAUAACAAAAAUACCUCAGAUGUGCCUUCAAAAGAAGAAAAUACUGAUAAAACUUCAAAAUCGGAAAAUAAAAGUCAUGAGUUAACUGGAAUGGAUAUUGACAAAGACCAACAUAAAAUGCCAGAGAAAUCUAUUACUGAAAGCAUGGUAGUAAAUGAGUUGCCAUUCACCAAUUCUGAUGCAAAUAAAAGUAAUACAGAAACAAAUGUAACCAACUCAGUAAAAAUGCCAAUAAUCGAAAAAAACAAUUCACGACAACAAUCACCAGAUGAUAAUUGUGUAGUAAUAACACAAAAUGAAGUUAACGCUAAUCCAAUAUCGACAAAUACAGACGAUAUAGAGAUAUCAAUAAAAAUCGGGAGUACAAUAACAAACAUUGUUAUUAAGAAAAAACAAAAUGAUAUGCAAGUGAAAUUUAAUACUGAUCGUGAAAUUCAAACGUGUUUGGGCCCUUAUGGUCUCAUAAGCAAAAAUGAUGUAGCAUGUUCCCCUAUAAAAACGGCGUCUAUACAAAAUAUAGAACUUAAUGUUGCUGACGGAAAUGUCGUAGAAGUUAAUAAAUCUAUUAUUUCCACUAAAAAAAAUACAGCUUCGGCUGAUACAGCUACAGCUCAAUUUGAGAUUACUGACAGUGUAGAAAGGGAAUUAUCAAAUGUAAUGGAAAGCAUUGUACCUAAAUCAUAUAAAAAAAAUCAAAAAACGCCUAUAGAGAAAACAACUACAAAUGUUCAAUCACAAGUAAAUGUAACAAAAUUGAUUGAAAUUGAAAAUGAGAUACCUGAAGACAUGGAGGGUUUAGACGAUUUGGAUCUUUUUAACAGUGGUUCAGUCAAGGAGACAGAUAUAAAGCUGCUUAAAAAUUCGAAACCUACACAGUCGGAAAUUUUGGUUAUUUCAAGUAACACUAAAAAAUAUCAUAAACCCUCUGAUAAAAGAGAUAGAGACGUCGACGUAGAUGAUGAUAUUGAGGACAUGCCGCAGAACAAGAAACAAAAAAUUGAAACAAACAGUUGCAAUAGUCAGAAACCUAAUGAACAACCAGCAAAUCCUAUCGACCUACCGCUAGAAAUAAGAUCACCAUCUCAAGUACAAGAUAGUGAAAACAUGAAUUACGACGCGAUAAUGGGUCAAGUAUUUGCUAAUAUCGAUGCCGAUAUCAAAGUCAGCCAAAAGAAAGUUGCGACAAAAGAUAUACCUACGGAAAAUACGACGAAACCGACAAACUUCAACAAUUCGAAAGCAAACUCACAACUAAGUCAAAUCAUACACAAAACUCCAGUAUCCCAGCGGAAGAGUUACUCUUUAAUUAAAGUUAAAAACGCUUCAGUUACAGAAGAUAUUGUGAACGAAAAAUAUAGUGAAAAUAUGUUUUCCAUGUUGGAUAAAGACAGUGAGCCUCAGGAAACAACUGGGAGGAAUAAUCAGCAUCCUGUAACUGAGGCUACCCAACAACGAAUUGAUAAUCUGUUGACGCCAGGCAUGCGCCGCGAACUAAUCGCAACUCGAGAACAAAAUACUCAUACAGAUCAUAUUGAUUUGGAUUUGUUAGAACAAGACUUAGGGACACCUGUUGUUCAACAUGAUGAAGAUAUUGUGGAAGAGACACCACAAAAGAACGUGUCUUUUUUAAAUUCCAAACAAAAAAGUGAUUCAUCAAAUAAAGAGUUCAGUAAACCGUUUGAUAAGAAUCCAGGAACACAAAAGCAAAGUCAAAUUGCAAUUCAAAUGACUGACUCACAAAUCAUCAAAAGUAUUAUAAACAUAUCGGAUUCAGCGGAAGAACCAACUAAGUCAAAAGAUGGCACUGUAAUUGAGAAUCCCAAGCAGACAUUAGAAACUCCAUUAACGAUAAACAAGUUUGUUACUCAUAUUAAACAUAACUCUACGCCUGUCGCAAAAAAGUCUCUUAACUUCCAAAGUGAAGACCCAGAACAGACGUUAUGCCCUACUACGACACAAGAGAAAGAACUCAUGGAGAAAGCCUUUGAACAAACACAAAAUACGCCUAAGAGACCACUAACCUUGAAAAAUGUUCGCAAUGCAAAUGACAGAAAAUUCUGCGUAGCAGGAUCUUGCCUAACACUUGGUGAACUAGCAAAUGUCAAAAGAUUAUGUCUUGAACAAGGCUGGAAAUUUGUUGAAAAAUACACAGAUGAGUUAACUCAUUUAGUGGUAGGUGUAGAUGAAGAUAAUAUAUCACAAAGAAGCGUGAAGUACAUGUGUGCUCUCGCGGCGUCUAAAUUUAUUGUUUCAUACGAGUGGGUGGACAAGUGUUUGAUGUCGAAAACUUUUGUUAGUGAGUUCCCUUAUGAAGCUCUAGACUCGUGCGGUGAACCCGGUCCGAGACGUUCUCGUGUCGCUGAAAAGAAGUUAUUCGAUGGUUUUACAUUCUAUUGCAUGUCGCCAUUCAGCAUACUUGACGUAGAAACGCUAAAGCAAAUAUUAGAAUCUGCAGGAGGUCGAGUUGUCACCAACGUUGGCGACGUAACAAUCGGAAAAAACGAUACUACGCCUAAAAUAUUGUUAGCCGAACCGGAAAAUACCCAAGAGGACCGAUUCAUAUAUGUCGCGAUGGAAUUCCAAGUUGUACCAGUGAAUUACGAGUGGGCAUUGAAUUGUCUCGGCGCCUACAGACUGUGCAGUAUUCAUGAAUUACUCUUAUGUCCCAUGUCGUUAUUACCACGAAGUACUUCAUUAUGGCCCUCCUCUUUGUUAGAACGCGAAGAAAUCGAAUAAUUCUGUUUCUAUGUUUUAGUACUGAACAUUUAUUAUGUACUCUAGUGUAUAACCUAUAUAUUGGACAUUUUUUAUUAUUAAUUAAGUUAUAAUUGAGAAUAUAUAUUUCAAUGUAGCAGGUAAUAAAGUCGAAAAAACGUCAUUAUUAAUUUUUU